CUCACAGUCUAAAGCUGCAGACAGAAACAUCAGGCCGAGGACAGAAACACACCAGCUCUGAAAAAUGGCUCAAUCUCUAUAUUUCCCUCUUCUCCUCAUUGCUCUCUGCUCCAUAUCUGAAUGUGUUCAGCGUCAGUAUCACUUUAUAAAUGAGAAGAAGACCUGGACUGAAGCUCAGAGAUACUGCAGAGAGAAAUACACAGAUCUGGCCACUGUUGACAACAUGAACGACACAACUGAGCUGAUGAAGAGUGUGUAUGAUGUACGUCUCUGGAUUGGUCUGCAGAGGAAAUGGCAGUGGUCUUCAGGUGGUCCUGCACUUUUUCUGAAUUGGGGAUAUAAUCAACCAGAUGGCAGUGAUGAGUGUGCUUUUAUGAAAAAUGGAGUGUGGCAUGAUGGGAAAUGUAGUGACACCUGGAUCUUUGUAUGCUACAACAUGAGCAGAGGACUGGUGUUUGUCAAUCAGACGAUGAACUGGAGAGACGCUCAGAGUUACUGCAGACAGAAUCACAUUGAUCUGGUCAGUGUGAGGAACCAGAAUGAGAAUCAACAGCUGGAGAACUUCAUUAAUGACAGAAACUCAUCUGGAUCUGCAGUCUGGAUCGGUCUGUUCAGAGACUCAUGGCAGUGGUCAGAUCAGAGUACCUAUUCAUUCAGUUACUGGAAUAAUCAGGAACCAAAUAAUGUUGGAGGGAAUGAAAACUGUACAGUGCUAAUGGAGAACACUCAGGGCCAUUGGGCAGACAUCUCUUGUGACCGCCAGUUUCCUUUCGUGUGUCAUGAAGAUAAACUGAUUGUGAUCCAGCAGAAUCUGUCGUGGUCUGAAGCUCUGAGAUACUGCAGACAGCAUCAUGUGGAUCUGGUCUCGGUUCAGUCAGUGGAGAUGCAGUAUGAGGUGAUGAACGUGGUUAAACUGGCGUCUACUGAGGCGGUGUGGUUGGGUUUGCGUUUCUCCCACAUUUUGGGCAUCUGGUUCUGGGUGAGUGGAGAGACCGUGUACUAUCGCAACUGGGCUCCAGGGAACGGCACAUCAGAGGAGGACUGUGAGCCCACAGUGAGAUCUGGAGCAGUUCAGUCUGGAGGAAAUCAGACCUGGAUCAGCCGUCCUGAAACUGACAAACUCAACUUCAUCUGCAGCAGAUAUGAGUGAAUGGUCAUAUGAGAACAAUUGUGUAAUCACUUCCAUUCACUUUUAUCUUUAUUCAUCAUGUUACAUCCCAACCAGUAUAGAGUUAAAGGUGACAAUAAAAAGAGUGUAAAUAAAUUAAUAAAUUAAACUUUAAUACUCAAUUCAGGGUUUUCCCCUUCUCCUGUCUCAACUCACAAUGAUCACAACGUUUAUCAAGAAGUAACAAGGUUUAUUAUUUUCUUAGACAACAAAGAUAUUAGAAGCAUCUCUUCGGAAGGGAAUCCAGGCCAAAAUAAUAAUGAAAAGACAGCUAACUUGCGGGGAAAUAAUUCUUGCCUGCUCAAAUUAAAAGAACCCCAAAUAAAAUAACAGCAAACUUCCCUUUCCCCCUCGCUGCCACAAACCAGGAAAAAAACUUUUUAAAGUAAAUGGCAAUUUCCAACCAAUCGCUUCUAUUUAUAA